AUGAACGACGCCGCGCCAAAUGGCCAUCUGGAGGUCGUCGAAUUCUUGCAUCACGAGCGGUCGGAAGGGUACGACCCCCAGACGCUGCGGCUGGCGAUUGGGAGAGGACAUCUAGAGAUUGUGAAUCCAGCUAAGACCAUGGCGUGGCAGGUGAAGGGCACUCUCCCGUCGACGACUUCGUUGGUCAUGUUUGAGUACUUGGCGCUCGAGGCUAUAGAGUACUUGACUAUCCAUUCGAAUGGGUUCUGGUCCAACGCGAGCAGUGCAGUACAGAUGGCUCGAUCUGGUCCAGAAGAAUGGGUCUCGUGA